UAUGAUACCGGCCAAUGCUUGGUUGCUAUUUUGGAAACUCCCCUUAGGGGAUGCCCCUCAACUGGCCCUAUAAAGGGCCAGCCUGAGCUGCAGAGGAUUCCUGCAGAGGAUCAAGACAGCACGUGGACCUCGCACAGCCUCUCCCACAGGUACCAUGAAGGUCUCCGCGGCAGCUCUCGCUGUCAUCCUCAUUGCUACUGCCCUCUGCGCUCCUGCAUCUGCCUCCCCAUAUUCCUCGGACACCACACCCUGCUGCUUUGCCUACAUUGCCCGCCCACUGCCCCGUGCCCACAUCAAGGAGUAUUUCUACACCAGUGGCAAGUGCUCCAACCCAGCAGUCGUCCACAGGUCAAGGAUGCCAAAGAGAGAGGGACAGCAAGUCUGGCAGGAUUUCCUGUAUGACUCCCGGCUGAACAAGGGCAAGCUUUGUCACCCGAAAGAACCGCCAAGUGUGUGCCAACCCAGAGAAGAAAUGGGUUCGGGAGUACAUCAACUCUUUGGAGAUGAGCUAGGAUGGAGAGUCCUUGAACCUGAACUUACACAAAUUUGCCUGUUUCUGCUUGCUCUUGUCCUAGCUUGGGAGGCUUCCCCUCACUAUCCUACCCCACCCGCUCCUUGAAGGGCCCACAUUCUACCACACAGCAGCAGUUACAAAAACCUUCCCCAGGCUGGACGUGGUGGCUCACGCCUGUAAUCCCAGCACUUUGGGAGGCCAAGGUGGGUGGAUCACUUGAGGUCAGGAGUUCGAGACCAGCCUGGCCAACAUGAUGAAACCCCAUCUCUACUAAAAAUACAAAAAUUAGCCGGGCGUGGUGGCCCACGCCUGUAAUCCCAGCUACUCGGGAGGCUAAGGCAGGAAAAUUGUUUGAACCCAGGAGGUGGAGGCUGCAGUGAGCUGAGAUUGUGCCACUUCACUCCAGCCUGGGUGACAGAGUGAGACUCCGUCACAACAACAACAACAAAAAGCCUCCCCAACUAAAGCCUAGAAGAGCUUCUGAGGCGCUGCUUUGUCAAAAGGAAGUCUCUAGGUUCUGAGCUCUGAAGCCCCUUGGCUUUGCCAGGGCUCUGUGACCAGGAAGGAAGUCAGCGUGCCUCUAGAGGCAAGGAGGGGAGGAACACUGCACUCUUAAGCUUCCGCCGUCUCAACCCCUCACAGGAGCUUACUGGCAAACAUGAAAAAUCGGCUUACCAUUAAAGUUCUCAAUGCAACCAUAAA